CCGACACCCAAACGCACCACAGUCUCCUGGCUGAUAGCUAGCCGGCUAGCCGCUCAGUACUGGAAGAAGCCGAGUUGGAGUUUCUGUCAACCGCCGCCAUGGACCUGACUAACGUGUUGUCGCAGCUCGAAAGUGCCGACGGGCAGGACAUCGAGACGCUUCUACGGGAGUACAACAGAGAGAACAGCCGCACCUUCACUUUUGACCCAAAGGAAGAAUCGCUGCGCAGUAAGCUGUGUCAGAGCGUCCUGGUCGUCCUCGGCAUGAAGGUGCAGCCCAGCUGUCAGAAGACAUGCCUGGAAACACUCCGCAUCCUCUCCAGGGACAAGUGUGUCCUGGCACCGAUAGCCACCCGGGACGGCGUGCUGACUCUGGCCAGGAUGGCUCGACUGAACGCCGGAGGGAUGGCGGGUGACGAGCAGGGGCGGCCGGAGGAAAGCACUCAAUCGGAAGAGGAGGAGCGCGUGGUGGUGGAAGCCUUGAAGUGCCUGUCCAAUGUGCUGUUCAACAGUCCCGCCGCUCAGCAGGUGAGCGUGGACGUCAAGCUGGCCCACGGCCUGUGCGCCAACCUGCACGCCUCCUCCUCCUGGCACCACGAGGUGGGCCUGUUCACCCUGCGCAUCCUCUUCCUGCUGUCGGCCCUGAGGGCGGACCUGAGCGAGCAGCUGCGGAAAGAGGGGCAGGCGGUGAAGCUGCUCACGGGGGUGCUGGAGCGCACCCUGGACGUGAGCUGGGACGGCCCCUACGAGGUGGCCCGUCCGGAUCCUCAGGCUAUGCCCCUGCCCGCAGAGGACAAUGAGCGAGUCAUGGAGGCGCUCAAAGCCCUCUUCAACCUGACUGUGUCGUCUGGUGGUAAGGAGGAUGAGCACCAGUACAGACUCAUCACCGCCAUCCUGCGCCACCUGUUGAUGUUAAAGACUGAGAAAGAGGAGAAAACAGAGGAAGUACACAGCCACACCAUCAACGUGCUGAGCAACCUGCCCGUGCCCUGCAUGGACGUACUCAUCGACCUGCCCGUACAAGGAGGAGUAGAGACGUACGGCGGCAAAAACAUGGACGCCAUACAAGUGUUGCUGGACUUCAUGGAGAAACGGAUAGACAAGGGCUCCAACUACAUAGAGGGGCUCACUCCGGUGCUCAGCCUGCUGACUGAAGCAUCCAGACGCCACAGAGAGAUCCGCAGAUAUGUCAAAGCUCAGGUGCUUCCUCCACUCAAAGAUGUCAAGACCAGGCCUGAGGUGGGCACCACCACCAGGAACAAGCUGGUCCGCCUCAUGACUCACGUGGAGAUGCCAGUCAAGACGGCGGCUGCAGAGUUUCUCUUUGUCUUGUGUAAAGAGAGUGUGGACAAACUGUGCAAGUACACGGGUUACGGACAUGCAGCCGGAAUCCUUCUGAAUAAAGGGCUGCUCGGAGGAGGAAGAGGAGAGACGGAGUACACGGACGAUGAAGACACUGACACAGAAGAGUACAAAACUGCCAAACCUUUCAUCAACCCCAUCACUGGUCACGUGGAGGAGCCCAUGCCCAACCCCAUGGAGGAGAUGACCGAGGAGCAGAAGGAGUACGAAGCCGAGAAGCUUGCCACAUUGCUGAACAAGUUGUCAGGGCAGCGCUUGAUCCGUCCCAUGGGCGUCAAGCGAGACGGCACGUUAGCGCCCCUCGAAGAAACCCUCCGCGUCCCGCAUGACGAGGACUCCCCCGGUUCGGACUCUGACUAGUAAGAGCACUUUGCUUCAUGGCCACAUUUUGAGGGGGGCGGGGGGAGAAAACACCCCCAAAGCUUUGUCACACUUCAAGUGCUGGAUCUUUCAGACAAGGUGGUUUUUUUUUUUUUUAAUUAGAUGACGCAGUUGAGCCGAACAAGGGUCUCUUUCCAAAUGUUGCUCCUGCAUCAGCAUUUCUCAACGGACACUCACUUGGUUUUAAGACUCAAACGCCAGUCUCAAUUUUACCGUAUUUUUCGGAUUAUAAAUCGCACCGGCCGAAAAAAGAAAAAAGAAGGAAAAAAACAUAUAUAAGUUGCACUAGAGUAUAAGUCGCAUUUUUGGGGGAAAUUUUAUUUACUUUCUGCUGCAUAUUUUCACUACUUCCAGCUUGUAACCUGCAGUAUAUGAUUUCCUUUCUCUGCCAUUUUUGUUCAGCCCUUCUCAGUUUUUAUAAGUUACCUAAGCCAAUGUUGAAAUGAUCAAUUUUCAUAGGUACGGAAGUAGUAGCAGGUAGCAUCUUUUUUUUCAUAAUGCACUUCUGCCAUGACCCUCCCCCGCCAAAUUUUUAUUUGUUGACGUGUGCGUGUGUGUGUGUGUGACGAUUGCAGAUAUACGCCUAGUCUCUUACGUGAAUGAGAUAAAUAAUAUCAUUUGAUAUUUUACGGUAAUGUGUUAAUAAUUUCACACAUAAGUCGCUCCAGAGUAUAAGUCUAUGAAAAAAACUGCAACUUAUAAUCCGAAAAACCGGCAAUAGCCUUAACAUUUUUUCCCAUUUCAAAAUAUCCCACUUUUUUCCACAAAACGGAGCAACGGAAUGUUCUGUGUCCGCCAUCACUGAGGGCACAUACUUUAAUUUAUCCCACAAAGGGGAAACGACAUAGUUUCUGUAGAUUGCUAUAAUUAGUCCUGAAAUUGAGGAUUUUUCAAAGGAAUAAUAAUAAUAGAUUUUAUUUUGUAAAAAGCACUUUACAUUGAGUAAACAACCUCAAAGUGCUACAGUGUAUUAAAAGAAAUAAAAAAAAAUAAUAAUAAAAAAAAUAAAAUAAAUAAAAACUAGAACAGCCAAAUACCGUAUUUUUCGGAGUAUAAGUCGCUCCGGAGUAUAAGUCGCACCGGCCGAAAAUGCAUAAUAAAGAAGGAAAAAAAACAUAUAUAAGUCGCACUGGAGUAUAAGUCGCAUUUUUUGGGGAAAUGUAUUUGAUAAAAGCCAACACCAAGAAUAGACAUUUGAAAGGCAAUUUAAAAUAAAUCAAGAAUAGUGAACAACAGGCUGAAUAAGUGUACGUUAUAUGAGGCAUAAAUAACCAACUGGUAUGUUAACGUAACAUAUUAUGGUAAGAGUCAUUCAAAUAACUAUAACAUAUAGAACAUGCUAUACGUUUACCAAACAAUCUGUCACUCCUAAUCGCUAAAUCCCAUGAACUCUUACGUGAAUGAGAUAAAUAAUAUUAUUUGAUAUUUUAUGGUUAUGUGUUAAUUAUUUCACACAUAAGUCGCUCCUGAGUAUAAGUCGCAAACUAUGAAAAAAACUGCGACUUAUAGUCCGAAAAAUAUGGUACUUUAAUUUAUCCCACAAUGGGGAAACGACAUCGUUUCUGUAGAUUGCUAUGAUUAGUCCUGAAAUUGAGGAUUAUAGGAUAAUAAUAAUAAUAGAUUUUAUUUGUAAAAAGCACUUUACAUUGAGUAAAUAACCUCAAAGUGCUACAGUGUAUUAAAAGAAAUAAAAAGAUAAUAAAAAUAAAUAAAAACUAGAACAGCCAAAUGCCAUAUUUUUCGGACUAUAAAUCGCUCCGGAGUAUAAAUCGCACCGGCCGAAAAAGCAUAAUAAAGAAGGAAAAAAACAUAUAUAAGUCGCACUGGAGUAUAAGUCACAUUUUUUGGGGAAAUGUAUUUGAUAAAACCCAACACCAAGAAUAGACAUUUGAAAGGCAAUUUAAAAUAAAUAAAGAAUAGUGAACAACAGGCUGAAUAAGUGUACGUUAUAUGAGGCAUAAAUAACCAACUGGUAUGUUAACGUAACAUAUUAUGGUAAGAGUCAUUCAAAUAACUAUAAUAUAUAGAACAUGCUAUACGUUUACCAAACAAUCUGUCACUCCUAAUCGCUAAAUCCCAUGAAAUCUUAUACGUCUAGUCUCUUACGUGAAUGAGAUGAAUAAUAUUAUUUGAUAUUUUACGCUAAUGUGUUAAUAAUUUCACACAUAAGUCGCACCCCCGGCCAAACUGAAAAAAACUGCGACUUAUAGUCCGAAAAAUAUGGUACUUUAAUUUAUCCCACAAUGGGGAAACGACAUCGUUUCUGUAGAUUGCUAUGAUUAGUCCUGAAAUUGAGGAUUAUAGGAUAAUAAUAAUAAUAGAUUUUAUUUGUAAAAAGCACUUUACAUUGAGUAAAUAACCUCAAAGUGCUACAGUGUAUUAAAAAAGAUAAUAAAAAAAUAAAAAAAAUAAAAACUAGAACAGCCAAAUAGCUAAAACUAGUAUGCAUACAUCUUAAAAAAAAAGAAGA